AUGGCCAAUAACGAAGAAUCAAACCCUCUUUUAUCCCCUGAGGUGAAAGAUGAGUUGAAAAAGCCCAAUAAUAAACCCAUUAUUUCUUCUGCCGCCAGCGCAAUCCCAGCUACUUUUCCGAUGAGGUGGAAUGCGGAUGGGCUUCCUAUGGGCCAUGGCGUUGUGGGUGUGACCAAUAGGGCUCAAUGGGAUUUUGGCCUUUGCGCUUGUUUUGGUAGGAAUGAUGAAUUCUGCAGCAGUGAUAUUGAAGUUUGUGUCGAUUCGAGGUUCCGGUUUGUAAUUUUGCUUGGUGCGCGUGUUGGUUGUUUUGUGAUUCUACGUUGUUUGAGUAGUAUGUCUUAG